GUUAUUAUCUAAUUUGAAUUUCGAACGAGUAACGAAAUUGAAGUUAAUUAAAAGACAAAAGUUGUGCUUGUUUUUAAGAUUUGUUUUAAAAUAGAUUAAUUUUAUUCCUAUAUUGUGCGUAUAAUUUGACAACGAUGAGUGAAUUCAAAACACCAGUGAAAGCGAAGGCGUCGGAUUUGAACGAAAAAAUUACAAUUCCUCCAUCGCCGUAUUUGAGCAGGCUUGGAUAUGGAACAGGUGUAAAUGUAAUGCAGCUUAUCCGUUCCCCAAAAGCCGGACAAAUUCGCUCACCAUGGGCGCUCAAAAUGAUCAACAAGAGAGUCAAACCUUGCAAAGUCUACUCCGAAAGACUGCAAGCCGAAGCGGACCUGUUGAAACGCAUGUCUCAUCCGAACAUAGUCGGGUUUAGAGCGUUCAGUAAUGAUAAGAUAUUGUAUCUGGGGAUGGAGGCUUGUGAUUUAUCACUGGGAGAUAUGAUCGAGAACAGGAUUGACGAUGACGCGGAGCCGUUUAGUCCGAAGCAGAUGUUAAAGGUAGCACUAGACAUUGGCAGCGCCCUAGACUACCUGCACACCAAGAUGCAGAUUCUGCACGGAGACAUGAAGUCCUACAACAUCCUGGUCAACGGGGACUUUGUGAUCUGCAAGCUGUGUGACUUCGGGGUCACGCUGCCGCUGGACGAGAAUGGGAAGGUGGAUGUGGAGAAAGCAGGGAAGGCUGUGUAUUUUGGCACCGAAGCCUGGAGUGCCCCAGAAGUGAUCCACGGCGGAGAAGUCACCUCCAAGACAGAUAUCUGGCCGCUGGGGCUAGUUAUAUGGGAGAUGAUGGCGCUAUCCCCUCCGCAUACGCAGGACACCACUGUGGAGAUGGAAAGUGAUAUGGAGGAGUCUAUGAGCGAGGACUACUUCUCUGAUAAAUAUGGCACCCGUCCACCGAUCCCGGCCAACAUCGAAGUAUCUGUAUACGCGGAGCCCCUCGGCGUGUUCCACGCGUGCACAGAAUGCGAGCCCGAGCGACGACCCAGCGGGAAACAUCUCGCCGAUGCGGCACAAGCUAUGCUCAACGUAUGAAAUCGUUCAUUAUAUAGGGUCUAUGCGCUAGUUUCCGUCCAUGCUCUAAUUUUCGUCCACUUGACGGAUUAACAAAUAUUUCAUUUUUAAUUUGCUGUUUGCGAAAUAUCAUGUUUAUUUAGAUAGAUAUAUUGUUUAGACAUUGAAGAUUGCAAUAAGUCCAAAUUUGUGGAGGAAUGUAGGUUAAUAUUCAAAUUUCGUCAAGUGGACGAAAACUAGCGCAAUGACCCUACUCGAUAUGUACUAAUAAUUCAACAUAUAUCUGAAAUCCUGUCUCACAGAGUGUAACAGCUGUAAGUUCAACCACAGAUUAUAUUAUAGUUCUUUCGAACAGAUAUUUAUCUCUCAAAGAAAACGCAAAUACCUACCGUUUUGAUACCUACACAAAAAUACAAUGGAGUGACCUUCAACGCGCCGCUCCCCGCACCGCGCUCGCCGACACAACGCUAGGGUUGCCGACGCUUCUUUCAAAUACUUAGGUGUCUUAGAUAGAUAUCUAGCCGUAAUAACAUUACCUACAUCUUUAAAACAAUUUAAUAGUACCUACGUAGCUUGUAACGAUCGUAAAAAUUAUAACAGUAGGUGUAUGUACCUAUAUAGAGAAUGUCUACUUACUUUUCCUCAUCCGCCGAAAGACGAAAAAACUAUGCGUCCAUCUACACGACAAGCUGUGUUAUUUGUUCGUGACGAAGACAUUUUUUGGCAAAGCGCGCGGUGACGUGAGCGCGUGUGGCAACCAACUGGCUAGCUUGAGUCCCGCCGGCGGGAAGCGAGUCGUAGGUAUAAAUCCGAGCUAGCGCGGCGAGUUCCGUAGGCCUGGCUCAACCAUCGGAAAACCAAUUUUUUGUAAAACGUCGCUACACAAACAAUCGACACUUAAUACAGGUAAAGAGAGUAAAUAUGUGACGUUUUCAACCAAAAGGUACCACAUUGUCGCUUGGUAAUAAGGUUGAUUUCUAAUUGAAGCUAUAUGGAAAUAGCGCCAUACUGACAAGCGACAAUAAGUACCCUUUUGGUUGAAAAUGGCACAUAUGACCGUUUGGCGGCAAAUUAUAUACAUGAAUGAAACUUUUUUUUUAAGUUGUACGUUGGGGGUACCCCCCUGCCCGGUAGGACCCCUAAAUUUUGGUAGGACCCUCAUUUUUAGUAUCUUCUGUUCUAGUUUUAUACAAAAUUUCAUUGAUGUAUAUAAUUUGCCGCCAAACUGUCAUAUGUAUCGUUGAAAAAGUGCCAUUCUGGCGCUUUGACAGGUUAUUCGUUUAAAGAUACAAUCAAAUUUCAUCCUUAUGGUUAACGACAAUGUGGUACUUUUUGCUUGAAAACAUGUUUAUUACUUCCUGUAUUAUAAACAAUGGAGCAAACAUUCUAUUUUUAAAUCUAUCAGUAUUAUCAAAGAUAGAUAAUAACUCCGUAAUAGAUGGAUACAGUCUAAGGAAAAAACGUGCCUCGAAAAUCACGAAAAUUUGAUUCUCGAUCAGAUGGCGCCACUAGUUUUGGCCUACUCUCGUAUAGAGGGCGUUGACUGUUUCGUUUGUUAUUUAUAAUUUUAACGCAUACCAGUGAAAGAACAUGGGUCAAAAUCAUAUAAAAAUAAUUAAUGCAAAUAAAAAGAUCAUUUAUCCAUAUUUAAAUAAAUUUUAUUUUAUCGUAUUUUUAUAAAUAUUUAUUUUUAGUUUUAAAGUGUGUCGACAGAUGGCAGUGAAUUUACUGGGGUUACAAAAUUUACUAUGACAGUACCGCUCUAGUAUAAGUUACUCUAUGGUAUUAUUAGGUUUCCAAAAAAAUAAUUGUCAAAACGUUGUAAUAAAACAAACAUCAAAUAUGGAAAACAACUAUAUUUCCGUAACAUAAAUACAAAUUUAACAACUAUUUAACCUUCAACCUUAUAUACCUACACUCAGUCAUUGUAACUAAACUGAUAGUAAUUAACACACUCCUUAGUUUGACAUAAUUAUUGAAAGUCGUAAUGUAAUGAUUGCCAUAUGUGUCGUUCUCAAGUAAAAGGUACCACAUUGUCGCUUACCAUAAGGGUGAAAUUUGCUUGCGUGUAACCUGUCAGAACGUCAUUGUGGUAAGCGACAAUGUGGUACCUUUUACUUGAGAACGACACAUAUUAUCAUUAGUUAUAAUUCUAAAACCGUUAAGUUUUCAACAUUUUCCUUAGGUUAUCCUAUAGAUAGGUUAGGUUUGUUUUAUGGCAAUCCUGAUAAAUUACGCGUUUCUGAGAAAAAACAAAUUAUGACUAACGAUAAUGUGGACAAACAAUAUGACUUAAAACUAUAUGGGAAACAAUAAAGACCCUAAUUAACAUGUUAUAUUUCAUAUUGCUAUGGAAAUGAGACAAAUGCAUAAUAUUUCACAUUGGAAAUUUCUAUUUCAUUUUUUGAGUACUUUAUAAUAUGUAUAAAAUAUAAUGCAGUUCUCGAAGUGAAGUUAUUAUUUCUAAGUUAAAAUAUAAUGCAUUGUGUAAUAUCAACCUUGUAUCUUAUCUAUUUAAGAUCGAGAUUCUUUACAAAGAUUUUAAAUAUUGACUUGACUGAAAUUUCACAGAACAAUGUUGAGACUUACAUUAGGUACUGGGUCAAAAAAUUUUUCGUUGUAGUUUUUUUUCCCAAAAAAAUGUAAGUGGAGCUUUAUGUAUGGGGUGAAAUUUAGUUUUAAUUUUUCUCAAGAUAAUUAUAAUCUACUGGUAGAAAGGCAUGUAAGCACUCAACUUUUUUAUUUAUUUGAUAAAAGACAAAAAUAGAAGCGUGACAGUGGGUCAGAAACAACACAACGAAAAUAUUUGACCCAGGUAUGUUAGAAUUUCGUGCUGAAUUCGAUUAUGCGAUCAUAUUAAUUAACAUUCGUGCGUUUAAUAACGAAAUUUCGAUUAAAUACAAUACAAACAACACUUAAUUACCAUUGAGCGGUUAAAAUACGCGUUUUCAUAUUAUAUACAACCCUUAAAACUAAUUUAUGAAAAAUUGAUGGUUAGGACGGCGGUUAGAAGAAUAACAAUAAAAUAUAAAAAAAUAAAGGAUAAAAGGAUAAAAGAUAAAAACAAAUGUGGCUUGACAUCAGAGGUCCUUAUGCACAUGAAGCAUGGAACGCGGCAAAUAUGGGGCAUUUUCUAUGAAAAGGGACCUUAUUGUCGAUGGCGCUUACGCCGCACAGAGUCGCGCGGCAUUGUAUUUUUAUCGAAGGAUCGUUUAAAAUGGCGUAAGCGACAUCGACAAUAAGGUCCCUUUUCAUAGAAAAUGCCCCAUAUUUACUUGUUUUUAUCAUGCUUUUCCAGUUUUGUGUAUUAUAUGUAGCAAAUGUGCAUGUACAUGAUAAAAUAUAGUUUUAACGUAAAACGUGAAACCCAAUUAUUGAAAAAUCGCAUGUGCCUUUACUUCUAGAAAAUACACCUUUCACAAUAAGAUUUUGUAGUACCUAUAUGUACUUGUUGCAGAACCAUUGCCAAGUUUUUCGGUAUGUGAUUCGAAAAUAUGCUUAUUCUUGAUUUGCUACUUUUGCUUAUUUAGAAAAAAUGUCUUUUGGUUUGGUUCUUAAAAACCUUGUGCUUGAUGCUUGAUAACAUAAAUAAUUGUGACGUUUUCAACCAAAGGUACCACAUUGUCGCUUGUUGAUAAGGUUGAUUUCUAAUUGAAGCUAUAUGGAAAUAGCGCCUUACUGACAAGUGACGAUAAGUACCCUUUUGGCUGAAAAUGGCACAAUUUUCGAUUAAAAUAGAAGUUCUAAUUAUAUGUUAGCAAUAAGCUCCAUGCAUGAAUUUAUUUUUAUUUUUGGAUUCAUAAUACAUUCAUAACACCGGAAAUGAUAAAAAUACUUUUGUAAACUUUAACAUUAUUUUAUUAAAAAAUAUUUAAAAUGUUGAAAAUAUUUGAGCGAUUGAAACGCUCAUAAUUUUUGGCGCGAAUUCGACAGAGCGUGAUGACGUCACACGUUGGGCGGCCCAACUGACGUUUGCUACUAAUGACACUAAUCUGUCGAACGCGUGACGUCACGUGGCGUUUCGAGCGUUUCGCUCGCUAGCUUUUCGCGGGCAAAUUUUUGUACUUUUUAUUUAUAAUUUUAAGUAAUUAAAUGGUAAUUUAAAAACGGAAAUGCAUUUGUAACAUGAUAUAACGGUAACAAACAUCCGAAUAAAACAUAUUUCGUUCAAAUAUAAACUUCAUGCAUGAGGCUAAUUGCUCAUGCAUGGUUGACUAGUAUUAAAUUAUAAAUAAGUGUACUUGUAUGUUUCACUUAAGAUUAAAACAGCACCAAUUAACUCAAAAGAGUCUAAAUACACUUAAACUUAAAGUAAUAAUGUGUACUUAAAAUUUAAAAUAAAAUGAUCAUUGAUCACUUCUGAAGUAAAGCCUUGAUGUUUGAAAUUAAAUACUAAUAAUUUCUAACAAAUAAAAAGUACUCAUAAUUGCAUUUUUAAGGCAUAAUCGACAGAAAAAAUUAAAACUAUAUAAUGUAAGGGUUAGAAACAUACAUUUUUCAUUUAUUCAUAAUUCAAAAUUGACUUUGUAAGCUCUCGCAUGAGAUAACUGUUACUGUACAUAUUUAUUUUAUUUAUAAAGCAUAUAUAUAUAGACCGGUCUGGCCUAGUGGGUAGUGACCCUGCCUGUGAAGCCGAUGGUCCUGGGUUCGAAUCCCGGUAAGGGCAUUUAUUUGUGUGAUGAGCACAGAUAUUUGUUCCUGAGUCAUGGGUGUUUUCUAUGUAUUUAAGUAUUAAAUAUUAUAUAUAUCGUUGUCUGAGUACCCAUAACACAAGCCUCCUUGGGCUUACCGUGGGACUUAGUCAAUCUGUGUAAGAAUGUCCUAUAAUAUUUAUUUAUUUAUUUAUAUAACUCCAACAAGUCCAAAAUCGAGGUCUUGAAGUAAUUUGUUCAGAAAUUUAUGUAACGUUGGAUUUUGCUUAGUAUUUAAUGAGAAUCGACAUUUCGCAUUUGUAUAAGCCAUCAAAUAGAUAGUGACAGCCAAAAUUGACAAAUAUGUGCCAUUCCCAACCAAAAGGGUACUUAUUGCAGGUUGUCAAUAAGGCGCUAUUUCCAUAUAGCUUUAAUUUGAAAUGAACCUUAUCGACUAGCGACAAUGUGGUAUCUUUUAGUUAAAAACGUCACAUAUUGUAACGUACCAUAUAAUGUGUUCCGAUGUAUUUGGCCACUUUGGUCGUUCCUAUCUAUUUCAUGCUGACUGUACCGUAUUUUAGAAUGGAAUUGUCAUAUAUAUUUUGUAGAUUAGUGAUUAAUUUUAAUAUAGUGAACUAAGAACAGUAGCCAGUUUCUCAAAAGCUUGUAGCUUGUAAUACAAGUGGAAGUCCCUAACUAAAGCUGUCAAAAAGUGACAUCCGCUUGUAUUACAAGUUACAAGCUUUUGAGAAACGGGCCCCUGAUGUACAGUCGCCAUCAGAUAUAUCGGAGCAGCCGAGGUGCUCACAAAUAUUUGAACAUGCACUCUAACGCCUAGAGAAUAGAGGUGUGUUUAGAUAUUUGUGAGCACCUCGGCCGCUUCGAUAUAUCUGAUCGCGACUGUACAUUAGUAAAUGUGAGGUAUGUAUGCAUAAGGCGGGCGUAAAGCUAGGUUAUGACUAUAUCUACGGUUAGUGGUGUAUACGAAUACAAAAUAGUUAUAUUUUGCGAUGCGUUAUGAAUAUAUGAGAUUUAUAUAACAGA